CAUUUUUUUUUUUCAGAUUUUCUUUUGUUUUUCUUCCCUUGUUCCCAAUCUCUCUCUACUUUCUCUCUCUACCCCGAUCCAUCCAUGAGAGAGUAGACUAAAAAAGCUUCAGCUUAUUUACCCUCUUUCCCUUCUUUCCUUCAAUGCUGGUUUUCAAUUACUCAAACAACUAAUUUCCCAGAAAAAAUAAAAAUUAAAAAAAAAUCGAAAACCCCACUUAACAAAAUCCAACAACAAAGAAAGAAAUUAUUCCGUCAUCACAGAAUAAUUUCAUUUCAUUUUUCAUAUUAUAAUAUUAUAUAAAUCAAUCCCAACUUGUUGAAUCCGAGCAACAAGAUUAAAAACUAGGGUGGGUUGUUUCUUGUUUGUUGUUUUUCUUGACAACAAGGGAUUGUUGUUGUUGUUAGUUUUUUUUGAAGGGGUUUGAAAAAAAAAAAGGGAUCAUUGUUGAUCGGAUGUUGGAGAGGUUGUCGAGGGGGAGAUGGGUCGAGGGGAAACCGAUUAUAGGAGAAUUGUCGAUAAAACCAAAAUCGAAUGAACCCGAACAACAAAUUGCGAAGAAUUGUUAUUACAUAGUAUUAUGUUAUAUUUGUUGUAGUUGUUUGAUAGUUAUAUAUAGAGAAUUGGUUAGAGGACGAGGAUGCAGCUGCACUUGUCGCCGAGCAUGAGAAGUAUAACUAUAUCAUCGAGCAAUGGUGGGUUCGUUGACUUGAUGAAGAUCAAAGUAGCUGCUCGUCACAUUUCAUAUCGUACCCUUUUUCAUACAAUCCUCAUUCUUGCUUUUUUGUUGCCGUUCGUCUUCAUUCUUACUGCUCUUGUUACUCUUGAAGGUGUCAACAAUUGUUCUUCUUUAGAUUGUUUAGGUAGGCGUUUUGGUCCCAGGCUCCUCGGUAGAGAUGAUUCAGGGAGGCUGGUUAGAGAUUUCUACAAAAUUCUUAAUCAGGUCAAUAGUGAAGAGAUACCAUCUGGUCUAAAGCUUCCAGAUUCAUACAGUCAACUUGUGUCUGAUAUGAAGAACAACCAAUAUGACGCAAAAACAUUUGGUUUCAUCUUAAAAGGAACGAUAGAGAAAUUUGAAAGAGAAAUUAGGGAAGCUAAGUUUGCAGAGCUGAUGAACAAACACUUUGCUGCUAGUUCAAUUCCCAAAGGCAUCCAUUGUUUGUCUCUGCGUUUGACUGAUGAGUACUCUUCUAAUGCUCAUGCUCGCAAACAAUUGCCUCCUCCAGAGUUGCUCCCACUGCUAUCUGACAACUCCAUGUACCAUUUUGUUUUGUCCACGGAUAAUAUUUUGGCUGCUUCAGUUGUGGUCGCUUCUGCUGUGCAAUCAUCUUUGAAACCUGAGAAAAUAGUCUUUCAUGUUAUUACUGACAAGAAAACUUAUGCUGGCAUGCAUUCUUGGUUUGCUCUAAAUCCUGUCUCACCUGCAAUUGUUGAGGUGAAAGGUGUCCACCAGUUUGACUGGUUAACAAGAGAGAACAUUCCAGUUCUGGAAGCUAUAGAAAGCCAUAAUGGAAUACGUAAUUACUACCAUGGCAACCAUGUGACAGGAGCCAAUCUCAGUGAGACUACUCCAAGAACUUUUGCUUCAAAAUUACAGGCAAGAAGUCCAAAAUACAUUUCAUUGCUCAACCAUAUCCGGAUCUAUUUACCUGAGCUAUUUCCAAAUCUCGACAAGAUAGUAUUCUUGGAUGAUGAUGUGGUAAUUCAGCGUGACCUAGCUCCUCUUUGGGAUAUUGACCUUGAGGGGAAGGUAAAUGGAGCUGUAGAGACUUGUAGAGGUGCAGAUGAGUGGGUGAUGUCCAAGACAUUCAGAAAUUAUUUCAAUUUCUCCCAUCCUCUCAUAUCACAGAAUUUGAAUCCUGAUGAAUGUGCAUGGGCUUAUGGGAUGAACGUAUUUGAUCUGCGUGCGUGGAGAAAGGCAAGAAUAAGGGAUACCUAUCACUCCUGGCUUAAGGAGAACUUGAAUGCAAACCUUACCAUGUGGAAACUUGGAACUCUACCUCCAGCUUUGAUUGCUUUUAAGGGCCACGUACAUCCGAUUGACCCGUCUUGGCAUAUGCUCGGUUUGGGCUACCAGAAUAAGACCAAUCUUGAAAAUGUGAAGAAAGCGGCAGUUAUUCAUUACAAUGGUCAGUCGAAACCAUGGCUUCCAAUUGGCUUCGAUCAUCUUCGACCCUUUUGGACCAAGUAUGUCAAUUAUACAAACGAUUUUAUUAGAAAUUGUCACAUAUUGGAGUCAUAGUCACCAGUCAGCUACAUGAGAAUCUGAAGAAAAAAAAAAGAGGCAGGAUAAAAAUGGAUGUCUGCUUCUGAUAUUGGUUUUCUAUUGGGUAGAGAAGUGAAGGGAAGAGGCAUCAUAGAAUUUGCCAAAUGGUUAGAUAUAUGAGGUUUAAGACUCGGCAAUGGCUUCUCAAAUUAAAGGGGAGUAGCUGAGUAGGGUGGAGACUAGCAUGGCACAAUAUUCAUUUUUUCCAUCCGUAAAAUAACAACUCUUGUUAAUUCUUUUGGUUGAGAAAGGACAGUAAUGCUCGUUCUGUGGGCUUCUCACGUCUUAUGGGAUAUAGUUCAAUAAUUGAAGAUACAUACUACGCACAGAAUAUUGCCCUUCCUAUAAUUGCAGCUCAGUGCAUCAAGCCGAAGGCCAAGUUGGACUUCAUAUGAGCUACUUGAUGGUGAUGGUUCCUCAUCUGCCAAGCAAAAGAUCGGGAUAUAGUUAAUUCUUUUUUCUUUAAUAUCAUUUUUUGGUACCUGUUAUUUUCCCAUCAACUAGAUUUCAGUUUUUCUACUUUUGGCUAGGGUAAGAUUUGUCUUCUGCAACAGGUUCCUUGUAGUUUGGGAUUAAUCCUAGGUCAUAUCAUUAAAUUUUGCUUGUGUACGAUUCUUGAGGGAUAUCUAAAUGUGCAGAAAUUCUUUCUCAAGUAUCACAGACAACAAUGCUUAGUUAUACUACACCCCGAAUCACUGUCUGAUUGGGUCCCUAUUAUUUUCCGCCUACUAGAUUCUGGAACGA